AGUUAUCAUUUCACAAACAACACGUUUUGCUGCUCUUACUCGGCAAAUAAAGCUCAUAAGUGGAAUUACUCGUGUUUUAGAAUUAAAACAGGCUUUAUUCUUUGUAGAUCAACGCAAAAAUGUUGACCAAGUUAAACAAUGUUAGAAUUUUAGCUAAUUCUUCUGUCUUGAGGUUACUAUCGACACAAUAUCAGCAAAAAAAUGAUAGCUUUGGUCCAGUCGUUUUUCAUAAAUUGACAGGUCCCGACAAAGGGGUCGCUAUGUAUGGACUAAACAGCCCAAAAGACCGAAAUGCUCUGGGAUACGAUCUAAUCAAAGCUAUGAGAGAAGUCAAUCAACUUUUACGAGAAGAUACUAAAAUUUCAGUUGUGAUACUGCAUAGUUUAGUUCCAGGUAUAUUUUGUGCUGGGGCAAAUUUAAAGGAAAGAUUUCAAAUGUCAGAUGAAGAAGUUGCAGCUUUUGUUCGUGGCUUGAGAGAAACAUUUAUAGAAGUGGAAGACCUGCCAAUGCCCACCAUUGCAGCCUUAGAUGGUGUAGCAGUGGGAGGAGGACUAGAAUUAGCUUUAGCUUGUGAUAUUAGGAUCGCUGCUGAGUCAGCAAAACUAGGCUUGGUGGAAACUGGACGUGGUCUCAUUCCUGGUGCAGGUGGUACUCAAAGGCUUCCAAGGACAGUACACUUAAACAUUGCAAAGGAAUUAAUAUUUACAUCAAGAGUUGUAAGUGGUAAAGAAGCCAAAGAAAAGGGUCUAGUAAAUCAUGCAGUUCCACAAAAUCAAAACAAUAAUGCAGCUCUCGAAAUGGCUCUCAAUAUUGCCAAAGAAAUAAAUGUGAAUGCUCCAAUAGCUUUGAGAUGUGCGAAGCAAGCCAUAAACGAGGGCAUCCAGCUUAGCAUCAAAGAAGGCUAUGAAGUAGAGCAGAAAUGUUAUGAAAUAAACAUUCCCACUAAGGAUAGACAGGAGGGAAUGAUAUCAUUUAUAGAAAAAAGAAAACCUGUAUAUGAAGGCCACUGACUCACAAUCAAAAUGUCCAAUUAAGUGAAAUGUACAAUUUAGUUCAAUUUAAUUUGGCUAGCAAGUUAAUAUUGUAAUAUAUGAUCUGGCAAGCAAAUAAUAUAAUGCAAAUUGAAACAUACCAGAGAACACAGUCAAUAGUCAGAAUAUAAUUAUUUUUGUUAGUAA